CAGAAGAUAGUAGCAGCUGAUCGUGCUGAAAUAUCUUAGAUAUUCAAGAUAUUCACUGAGCGUUUGACUACGAUUCAAAAAGAGGCAUAUGAACUGGUAGAGCAUAUUAAUUGAUCAGAAACUAUUAUUUAAUCGGCAUUCGAUUGGGAUCGGUGGUAGAUAGUGUGAGUAAUGCGAAGAGUUUAAAGGCUUUUCCGUGGUCGUAACAUGGGAUCACUUCUUUGCAAUUGAGUAGUGGACGGUAGAUAACGAAGAGUUGGCGUUAGUGCUGCAGUCGGUACCUGAGCUUCGCGGCGUCGGACGCUGGUUGUUAGUGAAACUGCUGUAUGGGAAUCGAUCACUAUCCAUACCUGCAGUUCGGUGAUCAUGUAACUCUCGUCCAUUGUGUUUACCUGCACCUAAGCUAUUACCAAAUCGAAGAAAGUGAAAGUUGCGAACGGUUAUCGUUAGGGAAUACUUGAACUUGGCGCCACAAUUAAUCGGGUCAGUAGUCCGCGAAAAAAUACCACGAUCGGUGCCUGUGUGAUCUAACAAUGAAAGUGAUCUCUGUUAUGGGGGAUGGUCCCUGAAGGGUGCGUGUGUUGAUCGAUCAGAGUCGUGUUUCGGUGUCAGUUCCCUUAAGGAUUUGGAUUCAUUAGUAGUCCGGCAAGUAUCUGAAUUGAGGUAUGGAAUAAAUCUUAUCGAUCUAGCCGGACAUACUGCCUUCGAGUCAUUUCCAUAAGCGCUGAGUACAGCUUCCUGAGCCGUAAUCAGAUCCAACAAACCGCAAGUAUCUGAUCAAACCACAUACACUUCAGGUAUUACAAAACCUGGGCCAAAUUAAUAGCUUAUGCAAUCUUCGAUCUGUGCCAAGCGGUCCGGCAAACCAAUGACUCGAAAAUCGAAAGAAAUUAUGGCCUGAGAUGGCGAUGAAAGUGAAAAUACGAAAGAAGAAAACCAGUUGAUAUUGUUAACUCGAGUCACUUCUUGUGGCACAGAUAACAUAAUAGAGCUACCUCGAAUUGUCUUACAUAAUUACUUUUAUAUUUUCAUUUUCGUUUCUCAUACGCGAUUUUUUCUCAACCGCUUUUUUCGCGCAUUUUGUGUGUAAAGUGAGUAGAAUAUGACGAAGUCGUGCCGGUCAGCAGAUGUAUGAUUACGGGAAUAUCGCGGUGACGUGAGGUAAAAAAAUAAUAAUAAUAACAAAAGCGAAAGGAAUGAAGAAACAACCGAAAUAAUGUAUCUGUGGAUUUAAUGAGCGUACGAAAGUUAUCUGGAGAAAGUUGUCGGCAAUUCUCAGUUUUCGUUUGUGCAAUCCAAAUAAGUUUUUUCCGGUCCAAGUGCAACAAUUUCAUGUCGAAACAACACCCAAGUGUACUCAAGAUAAUCACCUGUGAAUCUUCUAAAAAUAUCAGUGAAAAUCAUAAUUCAUGUAAAUGAUUGUUACUUUCAACAAUCAUAAAUCCCACUGGCGAGCUGGGAACGGAUAACGAUGACCGAAGCGUUCGCGACCAAUCUAGGUAGUCAUUUAGGACGACACCUACUUUAUUGGGCCAUUACACAAUCAGAUUUUUGGUACUUUGCCGAUCGUUGUGCAGAUCUUGUGAAUAAGUUUCAUGAUCCACUGGAACGUGGUGUUCAAGUGCUUGAUCAUUUGUUAACGCUGGAGGAAGAGGAGGUUGCUUACGGCGGGGGCGGCAAUCAACAGCACCCUCAACCGGAGCAACAGUGGGAGUUGCAUCGACAUCCUCACGUACAGAUUUUCCGUGAAAAUCGACAGGUUAUAAGGAAUGUUAUAGUUGAAGACGAGGAGGACUACCACAUGGAAAGGAAUCGAAGAAUGGAGACACUAAACAAUGGCUCGUUGCUGCUGUCGCCGCCACACAACACGUCUUCGUCGUCACAUCAACGGGACAACAUGCAGGUGACGCAGCCAGUGAGCGCCCCGUCCUCACCGUUGGCCUCGCCUGGUGCGGUGAGCAGCUCGCCAUCGUCAUUCUGCAUGCCAUCGAGCGGUGGCGGCUCCUCCAGCACCGUCGACACCGCCGACCCCAAUUGGCAAGCGACCAAAGCCACCGUGCUCGAGCGAAAUGCUGCAAUGUUCAACAAUGAACUGAUGGCCGACGUGAAAUUCGUCGUUGGCUGCGAUGAUAACAUCCAGACGAUUCCAGCGCACAAGUACAUUUUGGCAACAGGAAGUUCCGUGUUCUAUGCCAUGUUCUACGGCGGCCUGGCCGAGAAUAAGCAGGAGAUUAAGGUGCCGGACGUGGAACCUUCCGCGUUUUUAACAUUGCUCAAGUAUCUCUAUUGCGAUGAAAUCCAUCUGGAGCCGGACAACAUCCUCGCAACCCUGUACGCAGCUAAAAAGUACAUCGUUCCGCACUUGGCGCGAGCCUGCGUUAAUUAUUUGGAAGUUAGUCUGACGGCAAAAAACGCAUGUCUACUUCUCAGUCAAUCCCGCCUUUUCGAGGAGCCCGAACUGAUGCAAAGAUGCUGGGAAGUGAUAGAUGCUCAGGCCGAAAUGGCAAUUAAAUCCGAAGGCUUCGUUGACAUCGAUUUGAAAACAUUCGAAUCAAUUCUCUCUCGCGAGACGCUCAACUGCAAGGAGAUCCAUUUAUUUGAAGCAGCCUUGAAUUGGGCGCAUAGUGCCUGCUUAAAAAUGGAAGUCGAUGCAACACCACAAAACAAACGAAACGUCUUAGGCGCAGCACUCCAUCUCAUACGUAUUCCAACCAUGACACUUGAGGAAUUCGCCAACGGAGUCGCACAAACUGGCAUCCUAACAUCACAAGAAACCAUCGAUACAUUUCUACACUUCACGGCUAAAUCAAAGCCAACACUCAAUUACCCGAUUAAACCGCGGGCCGGACUGAAAACUCAAGUGUGCCAUAGGUUCCAGUCGUGUGCAUAUCGAAGCAACCAAUGGCGCUAUCGUGGACGAUGCGAUUCGAUCCAAUUCUCAGUUGAUAGGCGUAUUUUUAUUGUCGGUUUCGGACUGUACGGAUCAUCAACCGGUGCAGCUGAUUAUAAUGUUAAGAUUGAACUGAAGCGGCAGGGACGCAUCCUGGCUGAGAAUGAUACGAAAUUCUUUUCGGACGGAUCAAGCAAUACAUUCCAUGUAUUCUUCGAGAAUCCGAUACAAGUCGAGCCCGACUGCUUCUACACGGCAUCCGUAAUUCUGGACGGGAACGAGUUGAGCUUCUUCGGACAGGAGGGGAUGACGGAGGUGUCCAUGGGCAAUGUAACGUUCCAAUUUCAAUGUUCGUCGGAAAGUACAAAUGGUACUGGUGUACAAGGCGGUCAAAUUCCUGAGCUAAUUUUCUAUGGACCAACGGCCAGUUGUAACAGUAUUACGAAUUCAAACUGUAGUACGCCGUCAAACGGCGGAGGGGCAGCUGGCGGAACGGGCAACUGUGAUGAGUAAAGAUAAUCUCUCUAAAUAUAUUUUGGCUAAGACAUGUCGUUAGGGGAAAGUAAUAACGAAAAGAAAUCGAUAAAUUAAUGGUUUGAUAUUAUACCGUCAAAAUGGUGUUAAGACAAUUGUUGAUUGCCCCUCCCCUCUUACGCAGAGGGGGCAGGCGUUAUAAACCGAAAAUAGUUUGUUUAUCAAAAAUAUAAAAAAUGAAAAGAAGGAGCAAGAAAAACAACACUUUCGUGAUAUUUGAACCAAAUAUGUAUGUGAAAUGAAACGGACGGAGCAACAAAGCACUUUUGGUAGAUUUAUACGAGUCAGAUGGAAACUAGCGCGAAACCUUUUGGCAGCAAAUGGACAAAUCAACAGGAGUGAAAGGUGUUAAUUGGUCAAAUUUUAUGGAUGAGUUACCAAGAAAAAGAGAGCAGCAAAUGCAAAAAGCUAUCCUUGAUCCGUUUCAGCAGAAAAUGAGCAAGAGACAAACUAACGCGUAUAUCAAAAUAAUUAUUCUUACAAAAUAUUGUAUCAGUUAGCGUUUAGACAUGUUAGCGAUAACUCAGAGUAGACAUUGAUCUUUUUCCUGAUUGUUUUGUUUUCUACUUUUUCUAUGAACGUCCUUAGUUUCCACACCAACUUUCCUUUUACCAAACCGGACCUUCCUUCCGAAGAGGAUAAAAGAAUUCCAAAUGCAAAAUCAAACUUCCUUUUUAUCUCUACUUUCGAUUCGUUAAUUUCCCUCUUUUUUUUAUUCAAUGGAAUAUUUAUUAGUUUUCUAUCCGCAUAGAAGCAGUGCGUGCCUACUUAAGUUUCUGUAGACAUACCAAUUGCAAUUAAUUCUAUUAUCAUUACCCGAUAUCGACUAAGUAAGAGUGUAGAACGUAGUGCAGUCAAUAAUUAUUAUUAUUCAUUAUUCUACCAUUCUUAAGGAUCUAGGAACCUCUAUGAAUUUGAAAACGGAACAAAAUGAAACACUUCCACAAGAAAAACCAACCUAUUCAGGCGAAUUACAAAAUACAACAAGAAUACAAACAGUGAUUGAAAAACUCAAAUGCAGAUUGAACUAUUUGAAUAUUUAUAUACAUUCAGCGUAAAGAGAAAAACAGAAGAAGAGUUAAGAAAUGAUCUUUAUAAUUCAUCUAUUUUACAAAGAUACUGAGAAAUAUAAUAUUACUUCGA